AUGUACAUCGCCUCAUUUCUCUCGGAGCAGGAUCCAAAGUCGAUCGACAUCAGCCAACAAGCUCACCGCCGCCCCCUUUCUCCGGCCACCGACUGUUCGCCGCUGGUAGAGUAUGACGAAAAGAGUACACCCCAACGUUUCAUCCGUAGUGGAAUCCCCCGAACCAAUGCUGUCGACCGCCAGCGAUCGAGACUGUUCUCCCCUCCCGUCCCCCCCCCGUCGCCGGCGGAGGCGGCACCGGCGGCGCUGACCGUAUGGCUAAAGUCGCUCCUUUUUAACUGCAACGGGUUCACCGUAUUCGAUUCGAAGGGGAAUCUGGUCUUCCGCGUUGACGAGUACGCGAGAUCCGGCAAUAAGGGCGAGAUCGUCCUCAUGGACGCCGCCGGCAACUCUCGCCUCACUAUUCGUCGAAAGAAACUGAGCUUGGGGGAGCACUGGCAGAUCUACGACGGCGAGGAGGCUGCGAAUCCUCUCUUCUCCGUUCGAAAGUACGUGAAAUUCAUUCAAUCCAAUUCCAAGUCGCUGGCGCACGUGAGUCCGUGCGUUUCGCCACCGGGGACGGCGAGUGGGAGCGACGGCGGAGAGGGGUUCGAGGUGGAAGGUUUCUAUGCGCAGCGUUGCUGUCAGGUGUACGACGGGAGGCGGCGGGUGGUGGCGGAGAUUCGGCGAAAGGAGGAUGUCGGCGGAGCGGCGUUUGGGCUCGAUGUUUUCCGGCUGGUCGUGCAGCCGGGAUUCGAUGUUGCCGUUGCGAUGGCGAUUGUUAUCGUUCUCGAGGAGAUGUUCGGAUCUCGCCGAUCUGAAUUUAGGGUUUAGGGUGUUCUGUAAUUUCUUUUUUUUUUUUUUUUUUUUUUUUUUUUUGAGUGGUGGUGAAGUAUAGUGGGGACUGUAGAUAAUGAUAAGAAGGCAGGGAUUUGAAAUGUUUCUUGGAUUGAGGAAAAAGGAAAACGAAAAAGAUCUCUUCUUUGAAAUACUGAAUUUUAUCUUUGUGUUGGUGCAAAUUAGUAAAAAUAUAAAUGUAUCGUUAUUAAUUAUUAUUAUUUUUUUUGUAAAUGAAUUUUAUUUUAAUUUAAAUCAUGUAUUGUCAUUUUA